AUGGCUGCGGGUCCCUUCCAACACAGGUUGCAUUCACAGGAUACGUUCACGGGACACACGCUGCGGUCUGAGCCGUGUGGCAGCAGCCCGGCCCGGGAGGCUCCUGCCGCCCGGCGGCCGCGCACGGAGCGGCGGCGGAACCGCGGCGCGGCUGCCGCAGUUUCCGGCGGAGCCCGGGGAGGAGGGCAGGGUCGCCACGAGCAGGUGACACAGGAACGUGUCCAGGUGGAUUUGGAAUGUCGCCAGGGAGAGCGACUCCACACCCGCAGUGCAGGGGCCCAGCGUGGUCCCUUGCUGGAGCUGCACAAGUGCUACCUUGCUCAUAUUGAGACAGACACGUGGGUUAUUGGAUACAUCUCCAUAGAUUAUUGCCUACUCAGUGUCUCUCCUGUUCCCAGGGUACAUCUCCACAGGAUUAUUGCCUACUCAGUGUCUCUCCUGUCCCCAGGGUACAUCUCCACACCAGCUUCCUCUCGGCUGACACCUGAUGAGGUGGUUCGGAUGCGUAAUGAGCUCUUCACCAAAGAGAAAGAGAGACAGUUGUCUCUUCAUCCACGGAUUGAGAAAAUUGAAGUAAAAUACACUGGGAAGUUGCACUCUGGCAGUGUGUUUGUCAUGAACAAGGCUCUGUCUACGCCAUACAACUGUGCCAUGCAUUUAAGUGAAUGGGAUUGCAAGAAGUCUGUUCUGGCUAUUGUGGAUGGUGAAAUCUGGGACAUGUACAGACCCCUGAUGAAGUCAUGUGAAAUUCAGUUCCUUACCUUCAAAGAUGAAGAUCCAGAGGAAGUAAACAAGGCAUAUUGGCGUUCCUGUUCCAUGAUCAUGGCGUGUGUGCUGAAGAGGGCAUUCAAGGAUGAAUACUCAGUCACCCUAGUUAAAGCUCCAGAAGUGCCAGUGAUCUCUGGAGCUUUCUGUUAUGAUGUAGUUUUGGACAAUAAACUGAAUGACUGGAAACCAACAAAGGACAACUUCUGUUCUCUUACAAGGGAUGCCAAAAAGCUAAUCCAUCAAGACCUGCCCUUUGAAACACUGCAUGUUGAAGCAAAAGUAGCACGUGAAAUGUUUCAGCAUAAUAAAUACAAAAUGGAGAUGAUAGAAAGAAAAGCUUCUCAGAAUAUGGAAGGAAUUGUACCAUUACAUAGGUUUGGUGACUUUGUAGAUAUUAGUGAAGGUCCUCAUAUUCCAAGGACAAGUUUCUGUUUCCAGUAUGAAAUAACAGCAGCCCAUAAUCUUCAGACUGACCAGUCUGAAAUGAUGAGGAGAUUCCAGGGUGUGUCCUUGCCAGUCCAUUUGAAGGCUCACCACACUGUGUGGCACAAACUGCUGGAAAGAUCAAAGAGGCUGGUCACUGAAGAAGAAUAUUUGGAAGCAGUAGCACGAUGUCCUGAGGCAAAAGAUGGAACUGAAGAAGGAAAAACUGUAUCAAUUUAAAUUAAGUUGAACCUCUAAAUGUACAUAAUAAAGUGUGUAUUUUUACAUGA